AUGGCCCCGAAACGACACGCAGCAGCAACAACCCCCUCCACCACCAACAACAACACCACCACAACCCCCAAACCCACCCUCUCCUCCGGCCCAGCCACCCUAAAACCCAACGCCUCCCCGCUCGAAAUCGCCCACUAUGUGCUAAACCAGUACCUCAUGACCACACCACAGCGCACGAAGCUGCUGGACGCCUUCAUGGGCUUCCUGGCGAUUGUCGCGGUAGCGCAGUUCUUAUACUGUGUGCUUGCUGGGAAUUAUCCGUUUAAUGCGUUUCUGAGUGGGUUCUGUGCGGCUGUAGGGCAGUUUGUGCUUACGGCGAGUUUGAGGAUGCAGACUAGUGAUGGUUCUGGUUCUGUUGCUGACUGGUACAGGGCGUUCGCGGACUAUGUCUUCGGAAGUGUGAUCUUGCAUUUCUUCUGCGUGAACUUUAUCAACUAA